AUGGUCAUACAAGCGAUUGUGAUAUAUAACAAACUUAGGCAUCGUGCACGACAUCUUCCAAGAGCUCCUCAUACAAAUUUGAAUUCUGAAAGAGAAAUAACACUUACACGAAUGUUUGACACAAGUGAUACAAUAUGUCGUGAUCUCCUUAGGAUGAAAAUAGGUCCAUUUCAAAGAUUAUGUGCUCGUUUGCGAACUUAUGGAUUUGUUGACAAUAAAUACGUUCGAAUUAAGGAACAAGUCACAAUUUUUCUGAAUACAGUCGGCAUGACCAAUGUAAUCACACUGGACGUUUUACUUUCUUUCGCUCUGGUCAAACAAGAUGUUGUGAUUAAUGACACUCCUUAUAACUCACCAUACGAAAAAGAAAAUGUGCAGCCAUGGUACUCCUUUUUUUCAGGAGCAAUCGAUGGUACACAUAUAGCUGCGUAUGUGCCUUUAGAGGAGCAAGGUAAAUAUCGCAAUAGAAAGCAAGUGAUUUCCCAAAAUGUUUUAGUAGCUUGCACAUUUGAUAUGAAAUUUACGUACGUCCUUGCUGGUUCGGAGGGAUCCGCACAUGAUGAUCGAUUGUUACGGAGUGCAAUAUUACGCCAAGGACAUAAGCUAACAAUUCUUGUUGGUAAAUAUUACCUUGUUGACGCUGGCUUCCCAUCGGUUUCCGAUUUUCUUGCACCAUACCGUAGGACUCGUUAUCAUCAUAGAGACAUUGAAGGUCAACGUCCUGAAAGUAGUAAGGAGAUUGAUGACGUUGAAAAUGUUUGUGAGGAGGACGACUUAGAUAGUAGUGAUGAUGAGGUUAACCCUAUGCAUGUUGAUGUACCUAAAGAUGAAACUCCAAAUGCUCACAUAUCUUUCACAAAUCAGGAAAUGUGGUCUAAUAAGAGGAAUGCGAUUGUUGAUUUAAUGUGGGCUGACUAUCUUCCCAAUCAGAAUGCGGGAAUUGAUUUCGAAUGA